AUGCAGAAUAACAUUGGAACGAUGCAACCAUUUGAUUCCGAUGGAGACCCGCACGGUAUUUCCCAACGGUGGCAACGUUGGAGACGUUCAUUUAAAUUAUAUUUGACGGCCAAGGGAACGACGGCAGAUAGCUCCAAGAAAGCUUUGCUUUUGUUCACCGCUGGUGUAAAGGUACAAGAUAUUUUUUAUACUUUAGUGGGACUCGAUGAAGAGAAAACAUUUACCGAAACUUUAAAUUUACUUGAUGAAUAUUUCACUCCGAAAUCCAAUAUUCCUUUUGAAAGACAUUUAUUCAGGCAAAUUAAACAGACCAGUGAUGAAACGGUCGAUCAGUUUGUUUGUAGGUUACGUCAAAGAGCAACAACAUGUGGCUUCGGUGAUAAAGAAGAUGAUCACAUACGGGACCAAGUGAUUGAUAAUUGUCGGUCCAAUUCCAUGCGACGAAGAUUUCUCGAAAAGGAAAAUCUCGAAUUAAGUGAUUUGCUAAAAAUUGCAAGGGCAAUGGAAGCUGUUGAUCAUCAGGCAAAAGCAAUUGAAGCUGACGCAGAAUCGCACCAGGUGAAUUUAGUAAAUAAUCCAAGCCGUUAUACAUCUGUUACAGGAAAUGAAAGGGAAUGUUACUCUUGUGGCCGAUUCGGACAUUUUUCCAGAGAUAAGAUUUGCCCAGCAAGAGGUAAACGAUGCUCAAAAUGCGGAAGAAUGGGACAUUUCAAAGUUCGAUGUGGUAAAUUUCGAGGUAAACCUGCACGGCAACAAGGACAUAAUGAGCGAUGCCGAAACCAACCGAGAAUAAAUAAAAACGGUAAGCGGUUGAAUGAUACGAAUUGUGUUGAUUGUUCGAAUGACGAAAAUAGUGAGUUUACAUUCACCGUGAGAGAUCCAAUUCCUACCAUGAUGGAAUAA